AUGCUAGCUGCUUCUUCACCAUCUGUAACUCAACUACAGCUACCGUUUUCAUACCAAAGGCAUAGUAACGAAGCGUUUGAGAGCGAAAAAAGUCGUCAGCAUUCCAGUGGCACCAGUACAAGUACCGACACCAGUGGUGGUGCAAGUGUUAGUGGAAGCGACGACGAACAUAAGCUCAACAGCAAAUUAUCCAUUGUUACAAACGGAGGUACCUUAGUAGCGGAUAACGAGCAUCAAUCGAGCGACGACAUCGACGACGCUUUCCUUUCCCACAAUUCGCUAUCAGCGAGAUCCAUGUCUUCGUUAGCUACGACUGUUGAUUCCCGUGAUUACGAAAAGAGCAUAUCAACGAAUAUCGCAGUUCAUUCUGCGCCACUAGAUGGACAGAUGACCAGCAGUGCUAGUUCGAUUAAUGGUUUGAGUACGACUUUUCUGCCCGUGGGUGACUUUCAUGUCGAUGGGCCUGUCAACGGUACAGACGAUGUUUCGAGUCUAGAUAAUAAUACUGUCGAGAUUGAGACGGAUGGGACUCGUGGAUUCGACAAUGACGACGCCAGUUAUGCUCGAGGACAACGUUUUGGAAGUGAUACUUUUUACGACGCUCCAAAUAGCAACAAUACCAGCUCAUCCCUAACAGCCGAUAGUUUAUUGACUGUAACUGAUAAUGCCGACCAUCGAGAACAGCCAGCAAGUCAACCUCACGAAUCUUCACAGUUGGCAAGCUACAAGGGCUUGAGAGUGUCUACGAAAGGGGAUCUACCAACGCUUUCAUGUGCUCCAGAAGUCGUUGCAAACGAAUUGUCGACUGUGAACUCGGAAGAGAGGAGUGUUAAUGAAAAGCCAUCAGAGAAUGGUAAUAGUAUUGAGCAUGAGGGCUCCACUGCACACGGCGAAUUCCUGACUGCUCCAACUAUGGAUUCUGCUGAAGCAACUUCGGGCACAACUUCAACUACUUCGACAUCAUCUACCCCUACUAGCAUUUCCAACAGUUCAACCGCCACAUCUGAUAGCAGUGUUACCACGCCAGUUGUAAGCGCGACACCGCUUCCAUUUACACCCCCUCAACCAAACUAUCACUCUCCUAAAUCACAAUCAGCAUCAACAUUCACCCCUACAAGCACAUCGGUUUCCAAACCAGCCAGAAACGAUAGCAGCUCAAAUUCUGGCCCCAAUCAGUCCCCUCUAACAACACAAGCUUCCAAUGCGAGAACAUCGUCGACAUCCUCAGUUGCCACGGCAAAUGUUUUAGCUAAUAGUAGCUCGACCUCGCCUGUCCCAAGGCAAAUGCCAACGUUUCGAGGAUCGUUACCAGGAAUUGAGUCGUCUCCACAGUUGCUCGAUCCUAUACCCUCACAUGUUCGGACAUCUAUAGGCUCGACCCCGCCUUCUCCGAAUGUUCGUACAUCGGUUGGUUCGGCUUUUUCUUUUGACGACCAACGAUACCUCUCCCGCGCUAGCACUGGAAGCCACCAUAGCAUUGCAUCCCCCACUUCUCCAGUGUCGGCACAACAAUUAGCAUCACUAAGAUCACCCAAUCCAUCUGCAUCUUCCUCAUCUUCUCUACCAAGUAUGGUACGAGAAAGAGUAUCCAACGCUGGUAGUGUUGCCGUUCCUAAUGUCAAUAGUACUGGAGCUGUAGCCAUGACUGGUUCUACCAUUGCAACUGCAAAUAUUGCACCCACCACAUUAAUGGGACCGCCUCAAUUGCCAACCCGUGCUUUAAGUCAACAAAUCGUUUCAACUAGUAACCAAUCCAACAACCGCAAUUCUUUGUCAUCUCAGAGAUCUGCUGCCUCGUCACAGGAAGUUCCUUCGAUUCGACGCUUAUCUUUGUAUUCACAUAGAAACUCUUUCUCCUUUUCCCGACGACGUAGCAUAGCAGGACCGCCAAUUCCAUCCAAUGGUCAAGAACUUGAUCGCUCGGCCACUGUUAUUGAAAUUGAACGAUUAAGAGAGGAAAUCAUUGUUCAACGAGAACUUCGACGGAGACGUAGAGAGUUUCUAGAAGACGAGAGAGUUCUGAUGGGUACAAAGGUAUCUGAAGGUCAUGUUAACUAUGUAACUGCGUACAAUAUGCUGACUGGUAUCCGAGUAUCUGUAUCACGUUGCAAUGGUAAAGUCGACAGGCCAUUAAACGAUGAAGACUUCGUGGCUAAAAACAAGCUGGCUUUUGAUGUUUCUGGUAAUGAAUUGACACCAUCUGCCAGGUACGACUUCAAGUUCAAAGACUAUGCACCAUGGGUUUUCAGACAUCUUCGCGAGCUGUUUAAGCUCGAUCCAGCAGAUUAUUUGAUGUCUUUAACUUCAAAGUACAUUGUAUCUGAACUAGGAUCUCCAGGUAAGUCGGGCUCUUUUUUCUAUUUCUCUAGAGAUUAUCGAUUUAUCAUCAAAACAAUCCACCAUUCAGAACACAAGAUGCUACGCAAGAUACUCAAAGAUUACUACAACCACGUCAAGAAUAACCCCAACACAUUGAUCUCUCAAUUUUACGGACUGCAUCGUGUCAAGCUGCCAUUUGGAAGGAAAAUUCAUUUCAUUGUAAUGAACAAUCUUUUUCCUCCUCAUCGUGAUAUCCAUCGUACAUAUGAUCUCAAGGGCUCGACUCAAGGAAGACGAUUACAACCACAGGAUUCCAAAAAAGCUGUAGUAUACAAAGAUCUGAAUUGGAUAGAUGCUGGUGAAAGUAUAAUGUUAGGACCAACCAAGAAGCGUCAAUUUUUAGAUCAACUAGAAAUCGACGUUGCCCUGCUCAAACGACUUAAUAUCAUGGACUAUUCUCUACUAAUCGGUAUUCAUGACUUGACCAAGGGAAACACUGAAAAUAUCCGUGACAACACUCUGCAAGUUUUUGAACCUGGAUCUGCAACAAUUUCUCAGACCAAGGUGAAUGAAUUGCGUAAAGCUCUCACCACAGCUAGUCCUACCGCCCUAGCACAGCUCGACCUGGUGUUGAAUCAAUACGAAAGAAACGAUUUUAUUUUCUACGCCGACUCUGGCGGGUUCAGAGCAACAAACGAAAAUAACGAACCCUUAAACGAUAUUUAUUAUCUUGGAAUCAUUGACUGCCUUACUCCUUAUACGUUUACCAAGCGUGUGGAAACAUUUUUCAAAGGCCUGUCCAAUGCCCAUGUUACUAUUUCUGCCAUCCCUGCAUUAGAAUACGGUGAUAGAUUCUUCAAGUUUAUCAAAUCUGUAGUGGUUUCCAAAAGAGAGGGCCAACAGAACGUUAUCGGUGAGGAAACCGCUCCCUCUGCCAUUGAAGUUCACCUCCCUGUACUCUCUGAAGCUUCCACAGAAGCGCGAUCGGUAAACUAG